AUGAGCUUCACGGUCAAUAUCAAGAAUUCAGGAAAGACAUACCCUUUGGAAUUGUCUCCAGCUGAUACAGGACUUGUCUUUAAACAAAAAUUACAAAAUUUAACCAAAAUUCCAAUUGAUAGACAAAAAAUAUUGUUAAAAACUGGUCAAUUAAAAGAUGAUGAUAUUGUGGAAUCUUUAAAUUUGAAACAGAAUCAAACCAUUAUGGUAUUAGGUUCUCCGGAAUUAAAUUUACCAAUUGCUCCAAUAAAUAAUGUUUUCCUUGAAGAUUUAAAUGAAUCAAGUUUAAAAUCAUAUUCAAAUGAACCAAUUGGUUUUGAAAAUUUAGGAAAUACUUGUUAUUUAAAUUCUUCAAUUCAAGCAUUAUAUAGUAUUCCAAGUUUACAAAAAAAAUUGACUCAAAAUGAUAAAGUUGGUGAAAUUGGUACAAAUGAACAUUUAGUUUUACAAUUGAAACGAGUUUUCAAAGAAUUGGAAAAUAAAAAACAAGAUUCAAUUGUACCAAAUAAUUUAAUUACAAGUUUAAGAGUCUUAUAUCCUCAAUUUAAUGAAAGGGAUCAAUAUGGAAGAUAUAAACAACAAGAUGCUGAAGAAGCUUUCACUCAAUUAUUAUUAAGUUUGAAAAAUGUUUUAGGUGAAGAUUUUAUUAAAGAUUAUACAAUUAAUUUUAAAUCAAUCAUUAAAAAUCAAGAAGAUGAAUCAGAUGUUCAAAUUAAAUAUGAAGAUGAUGUUAAAUUACAAUGUCAUAUUACAAGUUCAACAAAUUUUUUGAAAAAUGGUAUUGUGGAAUCAUUAAAUGAAACUAUUGAAAAACAUAGUGAUAAUUUAAACAAAAAUUGUAAUUAUGAAAUCAAUAAAAAAAUUACAAAAUUACCAUCAAUUCUAACUGUUCAAUUUGUUAGAUUUUUCUGGAAAAGAUCAACAAAUAAAAAAUCUAAAAUUUUAAGAAAAGUUCAAUUCCCCUUCCAAUUAGAUUUAACUGAUUUAUUAGAUGAAGAAUAUCGUGAUUCUAAAAUUAAAAUUAGAGAUGAAUUUAGAUCAAUUGAAAAAAAUCAACAAUCUGAAGAACGUGAAUUUAAAAAGCAAAAAAAAAACUUGAAUUCAAAAGAUGAACAAGAUUUUUGGAAAAAACAACAUGAUAAAUAUAUUGAAGAAUUUACAUCGAAAACUCCAAAAGAUUUAUCAGUUGGUGAAAAUCCUUCAUCUUUAUACAAUUUAAAUGCAAUCAUUACUCAUCAAGGUUCAUCUGCAGAUUCUGGUCAUUAUCAAGCAUUUGUUAAAGAUAGAUAUAAUGAUGAUAAAUGGUGGAGAUUUAAUGAUGAUAAAGUUUCCAUUGUUGAUAAAGAUAGAGUGGAAAGUUUAGCAGGUGGUGGUGAAAGUGAUAGUGCUUUAAUUUUGAUAUAUAAAGGUUUUGGAUUAGAUUAA